UGUCUAGUAACGAGAAAAAGAUAUGCCUCUUGUAAAGCUACUAAUUCUCAUUUUGUUAGCCUCCCUUUAUCGUGAUGUGUUAUUCCAAGGAUACACUUCACGUUACAAUACCUCAGCUAUGCCCAUAACGAAGGAUGCCAAAACAUCUCUUCACACUUUAUUUAACUAUUCCCUCAUUGACCUCGAUGCCCCUUUCACUUGGCAAGAUUGUGUUAUACAUAACGGUCCUGUUGCUUGUGGGUUAGAAGAAGGGUGCAGGUUUCCGGUACAAUGUGACACAACUUUUUGCAAAGAAGCACACUCUUAUAACAACCCUAAAUGUCCUUCACUCAAUAUUACAUCCAAAUACGGUUGCAAAAUAUGUGCAUUCACCCCAUUGAAUCCCAUCUCAAAGUCUUGCAAGUUAUCACAACUAACCACCAUUUUGAUGACAUUUUGGGGAACUGAUGGUCACAGCCCUAGUUCAUCUGCUCAUUAUCCAAUAUAUGGCUUUGGGUCAGAGUUUGUAGUAUCAUGUGCACCUUCAUCCUUGUUGAAAUCACUUCCUGAAGGUGCCCAUAGUGUUGAAGCCUUUUCAUGGUCCACUUUAGCUUUACCACGUCAAGUUCAAAAUAUUAUUCCUAAUGUGGCAGAUAAAUUUGCACUUUGUCUAUCAAGCUCCUCAAAGGCUCCUGGGGUGACAUUUUUAGGUGAAGGGCCUUUUUAUUUUACCUCUUUUCCAAAUCUUGAUCUUAGAAGCAUUCUUUCUUACACUCCAAUGAUAAGAAAGCAUAACACAUCCCUUGGGUAUUAUAUUAGAAUCAAUAGGAUUUCAAUCAAUGGGAUUUCGAUUCCUUUACAAUCACUAAAAAGUGGUUCUGUGAAGCUUAGUACCGUCGUCCCAUACACCAAACUCAGAAGUGAUAUUUAUAAAGCACUUGUUUAUAGUUUUGCAAUGGCUACAAAGAGCAUUCCUAGAAUGAAAUCCGUUCAACCCUUUAGUUUUUGUCUAAAAUCUAGUGCUGUCGGGUCUGUUGAGAAAGGUUUUCGUGUUCCUAAGAUUGGGCUUGAAACGGAAAGUGGGAAAAUAUGGACAAUUUCUGGUGACAACUCGAUGAAGCGCGUUGGGAAUGGCACCGUGUGUCUUGCAUUUAUCGAUGGCGGUUUGAAAAUGAAAGAUGUCAUUGUAAUUGGGAUGUAUCAGAUGGAGAACAAUUUCUUGUUCUUCGAUUUGGGGAAUCAAAAGUUGGGGUUCAGCUCUUCCUUAUUAGCUCGAGGAACCUCUUGUAGCAGCUUCAACUUCACCUAUGUUCCAGAAUAUUGAGUUGAUAUCUAAAAUGCUAUUUGAAGUAAUAGAAUAAAGAAGACAUGUUACCUUAUGCUUUGAGUUUCGUAGCUAAUUAGUUUAUAUUUAAU